AGAUAUAUAACUACUUAAUGUAUGAUUUUACUAUUCCACAUGUUGGGAAAAAUUCAGCAAUUAUGGUUACUAUGGGCAAUUUUAAGUUUAUUUGAUUAUCAGUGUCAUGCUAAAGAUCAAAUUAAUGCAUCAAUCCAAAAAAAUCAAUACUUUCAUAAUACAUUCGAUAAAAAAUAUGAAGAUUUUGUCAAUUCCCUGAAUCAUUUAAUCGCUAACAAUGUAUACAAUAACUUAAAUCUGCCUGCAAAAGAAUCCACAUGUUCAAAGGAUCUUCGACAUCUUAUCAAUGGAAUAUUGCAAAGAAAGAUUUGGGCAUUACAAUGGUUAGAUGCUUCAGUCCAUCCACCACCAGGAAUCACGGGAGGUGCAAUGCAUUGGAUGGGAAGUUAUGAUGUCUGUUUUGAAUGUAAAGGAUAUAAUUCAUCUGGUGAGGAACAAUUUCAUGGUUCAUAUUGUACAAUGGUGUUCUAUUUGAAUAUCUCUGUACCAGUGAUUCCGGAGUUAAGUGCAACAAUUGGAUUAUGUAUGCCUAAUUCGUGUACUAGUGAAGAGGUUAGAAAUAUUGUCAAUGCAAGUAAGGGUGGAUUUAAAUUAUUGAUUAAUUUAUAUGUACACCAGCAUCAUACUUAUUCUUUGCUGAAAUGCUUCAAAAUGAAAGCUUCUGUCAUCGACCUGUUUCAGAAGUUAAUAAAGAUGCAUGGUAUUACAUAGCUGUAUCAAUAUGUUCAAUACUAACAAUAUUUGUUAUAACCGGAACAAUCACAGAUUUAUAUUUAUACAUUAAAUGGUAUCAAGAGAAACAAUCUAUUAGAGAUUACACAAGACUGAAUCAUACUCAUGAGUCAAAUUUAAAUGAAAAUUCAAACGUUAAUGAAGAGCACAGUCAACAUUUCAUAGAAUCAGAUAGUAGCAGAAUUGUACACCAUGAAAAUCAAAUUAGAUCUGGUGAAAAAGAUCCUGAGUCUUUUAUGGAAUAUCGAAAAUAUAUACUACAAAGCUAUCCUCUGUUUCAUAUUGUUUGUGCUUUUUCCCUACCUAUAAAUUCUGUCAAAUUAUGUGAAAAAAGAAUUCAAGAAAGCACUGAAGUGUUUGAUGAAAGAAGAAAGAAGAUUUCUUUAGAAUUUCUUGAUGGGAUAAGAGUUUUAUCAAUGAUAUGGAUUAUUACAGGACAUAUUCUAUUACAUGGUUAUAAGUUAACAAAUAAUUUGAAAUCACUAGCCGAAGCAUUUCAACAUGUAUGGAUAUUUGGCUUAUACUUCAAUGCACAUUUGGCACCAGAUGUAUACUUCUUCAUAUCUGGAUUACUUAUGUGUUAUAUGUGCUUGCAAAGGCUGAAAAAUGUAGUUGGCGUUAAAAAGCGAAUAAAAUUCUGGUCAAUGAUGGUGUUACAUCGAUUUGUCAGAUUAACUCCAGCGUACCUAUUAGUCAUCAUUAUCUUUACCGGCUUAUUAAUUCAUGUAUACGACGGGCCAUUCUUCCCUCAAGAUUUGAAUACAACUGUAAUGGCAAAUUGUCGAAAAAACUGGUAUAUUUUAUAUUUGAAUAAUUUGAUUAACUUUGAAUCCAUGUGUUUAAACUGGUCGUGGUAUAUUGCAAACGAUAUACAAUUCACAAUUAUUCUGGCACCAAUCUUCAUCACCUUGAUCAUGUGGAGACGACUGGCAGGAAUUAUACUGGCAUUGUCACUAAUUUUAUCUUCCUCAGUGCUCACUUAUUGUAUUGCAUAUGAUAAUUCAUACGGUGUUAUGCAAAUACCAAAAGAUGAAAUCUAUAUAAGACCAUAUGCUCGGUGUGGAACUUACACUAUUGGAUUACUAACCGGUUGGUUGUUAUAUGAUUAUCCUAGAAUAAGAAUUCGGAAAGUGUUGAAACAUCAAAUUCUUAUUGGUUCAUCCAGUCUCCUGGUGAUAGCAUGUCUCUGUAUCUUACCGAUAUUUGGUUCUUACGGUGUACUGAGUGGAUUACUGCCUGAUAUGCCACGAAGGACAGCAGCUUUCUAUUUAGCCUCAGAACGUGUAUCAUUCGGUUUUGGUUUAGCUAUAUUAGUUUAUCUAUGUGCAAUAGGAUGGGCAAGGCCAAUCUACAAAUGUUUUGCAUGGUCUGCUUUUCGUGUACCAGCUCGCCUUACUUAUUGUGCCUAUCUGAUACAUCCUGUCAUUGUUACUAUUUUUAUUGACGGCACUCAGUCUCCAUUCAUUAUCGAUCAGUUGAAAACCGUUCAGUUGACAGCUUCAAUAACAGUAUUCAGCUAUUUCAUGGCCUAUAUUAUAUCAAUGAUGGUUGAAUAUCCUUCAGCUGCAAUAGAAAACUAUCUACGAGGUUGA